UCUCGGCUGAGUCCACCAUGGGAACCUUCUCCUCUUCCAGCGAGAGCAGCCCCACGACCUCGGCCGAGUCCACCACGGGCCCCACCUCCUCUCCGAGCGAAAGCAGCCCCACGACCUCGGCCGAGUCGACUACGGGAACCUCCUCCUCUCCCAGUGAGAGCAGCCCAACGACCUCGGCCGAGUCCACCACUGGAAACUCCUCCUCUCCUAGCGAGAGCAGCCCCACCACCCCGGCCGAGUCUACCACGGGAACCUCCUCCCCUCCCAGCGAGAGGAGCCUGACGACCUCGGCUGAGUCUACCAUGGGAACCUCCUCCCCUCCCAGCAAGACCAGCCCAACGACCUCGGCCGAGUCCACCAUGGGAACCUCCUCCUCUCCCAGCAUGAGCAGCCCCAUGAGCUCGGCCGAUUCUACCACAGGAACCUCCUCCUCUCCCAGCGAGAGCAGCCACACGACCUCGGCCGAGUCCACCACGGGAACCUCCUCCUCCCCCAGCGAGAGCAGCCCCAUGGCUUUGACCAUGUCCACCACGGAAACCUCCUCCUCUCCCAGCGAGAGCAGCACUACAACCUCGGCCGAGUCCACUACGGGAACCUCCUCCUCUCCCAGUGAGAGCAGCCCCACGACCUCAGCCAAGUCCACCACGGGCCCCACCUCCUCUCCGAGCGAGAGCAGCCCCACGACCUUGGCCGAGUCCACCACGGGAACCUCCUCUUCUCCCAGUGAGAGCAGCCCAACGACCUCGGCCGAGUCCACCACGGGAACUCCCUCCUCGCCCAGCGAGAGCAGCCCCACGACCUCGGCCGAGUCCACCACGGGCACCUCCUCCUCUCCCAGCGAGAGCAGCCCCAUGACCUCGGCCGAGUCCACCACGGGAACCCCCUCCUCUCCCAGCAGCCCCAUGACCUCGGCCGAAUCUACUACAGGAACCUCCUCCCCUCCCAGCGAGAGCAGCCUGACCACCUCGGCCGAGUCCACCAUGGACUCCUCCUCCUCUCACAGCAAGAGCAGCCCCAUGACAUCAGCCAAGUUCACUAUGGGCCCCUCCUCCUCUCCAAAUGAAAGGAGCACCACGGUCUCGGCCAAGUCCACCACCGACACCACCUCCUCUCCCACCGAGAGCAGCCCCACGACCUCGGCCGAGACCACAGCCAGCAUGUUCUUGUCUCCCCGAGAGAGCAGCCACACGGCCUCGGCCAAGAGCUCCAUGGACACCUCCUCUUCUCCCAGUGACAGCAUAUCCACGACCUCAUCCGAACCCACCUCUGGCACCUCUUCCUCCGACAAUGAGAGAAGCCUCAUGACCGUGGCUGAGACCACCACAGGCACCUCCUUCUCUGCCAGCGAGAGCAGCACCACGACCUUGACCGAGUCCACGACGGGCACCACCUCCUUUUCCCACAGAGACAGCAGCCCCAUGACCUCAGCCGAGCCCACAAUGGGUACUUUCUCCUCUCCCAGCAAGAGCACUCGCAUGAUUUCAGCUAAGUCUUUCACUGGCACAUCAUCCUCUCCCAGCCAGGGCAUCUCCACGACCUCAUCUGACUCUACCCCUGGCACCUCCUCCUCUACCCACGAAAGCAGACCCAUGACCUCGGCCAAACCCACCACAGGCACCUCCUCGUCGCUCCAGGAAAGCAGCCACGCGACCUCGGCUGAGUCUACCCCUGGCACCUUCUCCUCUCCUAGUGAGACCAGACCCAGAACCUCUGCUGAAUCCACCACAGCUACCUCCUUCUCUCCCAGUGACAAAAUCCCUACCACCUUGGCCGAGACCACCAUGGGCACCUCAUCCUCUCCCAGCGAGAGCAGCCGCACAACCAUGGCAGAGACCACAACGGGAACCUCCAGCUCCCACAGCGAGAGCAUCUCCAUGACCUCAGCCAAACCCACCAUGGGCACCUCCUCCUCUCCCAAGGAGAGUAGCCACACAACUUCAUCUGAGUCCGGCACUGGCACCUUCUACUCUCGCAGCGAGAGCAGCCACACAAGCAUAGCCGAAACCACAACCGGCACCUCCUCUUCUCCCAGUGAGAGUAGCCCCAUGACCUCGGCUGACAUCACCACGGGCACCUCAUCCUCUCCCAGCGAGAGCAGCCAUAUGACCUUGGCCCAGCCCACCAUCGGCACCUCCUCAUCUCCCACCGAGCGCUCUCUGACCACAUCAGCUUAUGCCAUCACUGGUACGUCCUCUUCCCCAAAAGAGAGCAGCCACACGACCAUGGCUGAGUCCAGCACUGGCAUCUCCUCCUAUACUGGUGAGAGAAGCUCCGCGACCUCAGCUGAGCCCACCACAGGCACCUCCUCCUCUCUCCUCACUUUAGGUGAAUAUACAAACAGUGAGACUCCCACGGCAACCUCUCUUCCAGUCCUGAGCACAGCCGAAAUUUCCACAAGGGAGGAAAGUCUGACGACUGUUUCCCAGUCUCCCCUAACAGCAUCGUCCAGUGAAAGUCCCACAAGGACGACUGUCACACAGCCAGCAGUCUCUGAAUUCACCACAAAUGAGACAACAGUGACAUUGGUUCCCCCCCAUCCAACCGGUACUGAAUUCAGUAGUACGGAGACUGCCAUGGCAAACUCUCCUUCUCUUCCAAUGACAGAGACAUCCACACGCAAUGUGAUAUCUUCAGUGCACACCACAAUGGAAACAAGCAACAGUGAGACAAACUCAGCCACAUCCUCUCCACCACCAGUGCUGACCAGCUCCUCCACCCACAGCACCUUCUUCACUUCUGUCUCUCACACAACCCUUUCUGAAACCACCACCAAUGAAACCACUCUGGCAACAACAGUUUCUGCUCCAGCUUCAACAGAAUUUACCAACCGUGAAACAACAUUGACAACAACACCCCCUGCAUCUGCUCCAUCAGAAACAUCCACUAGCGAGACAGUGGCCACAAGAGCUUCUCACUCUGCAGUUGUAUCAAUAUCUUCCAUGGAGAUAACAACAAGUGUCUCUCUCUCAACACUACCUGAAACUUUCACCACUGAGACAACCGUAACAACAACUUCUCUUCCCCCUACUUUUAGUGAAAAUACAAGCAGUGAGACUCCCACAGCAACCUCUCUUCCAGUUCUGAGCCCUGAAUCCAUAUCCAUGCGCAGCACUUCCAGCCCAACCUCCACUGCCCGAGCCAGCACCCUCUCUGAGUCUGUUCCCUCAUCCAGCGCUUCAAGACCGACCUCCAUGGCCGAGACCCACACGGUCUCCGAGUCUGUUCCCUUGCCCAGUGCUUCAAGCCCGACCUCCACAGCCGAGGCCAACAGUGUCUCUGAGCCCGUCUCCACACCCAGCGGUUACAUCCCGAGCUCUGCGACCGAGGCCAGCACCAUGUCUGAGUCCGUCUCCAUGCCGAGCCCUGCCAGCUCGACCUCCACCACCGAGGCCAGCACCAUCACACAGCCAACAGUCUCUGAAUUCACCACCAAUGAGACAACUGUGACAUUAGUUCCUUCCCAUCCAACCGGUAGUGAAUUCACAACACCUUCUUGA